AGGGCGUGAACCAGGAAGAAGAAAACGAAGCCGUUGGGGUGUCACGCGUGGUUUCCACCCUAAGAACAACAUUUCAGGACUGUUGUUGGAUGAAAGUUGAACAAAACGGACAGAAACUUGUUGGGCCGACCGAGCUCCACGUAAAUUUCCGCAACAUGUGCGAUUUGGAGGCGCGAGUCUGCGCCAUUUUGGACGUCAUGGUAACGGCCACCAUGUCAGAAAUGGACAAAGUUAUCGGAAGCUCGGAUCCCAACGAGGCUCCGGCUGGGACAGAAAAUAAACAGACGUCCUGUUUGGAGCAGAAGGUGAUGCACUUCAACAUCCUCCUGGCGUCUCUGGCUCAGGAAGCUGUGGAGAAGAUCUGCCAGCUGUUUGAGGAAAGCUCGUCCGUGCUGCGGCUCGAAGUGUCGCAGGGCGCGGCGGAGAUCGAAGACCUGAGGAUGAGGCUGAGGGAGGUGGAGAUGGACCUGAAGCUGGUGAUGGAGGGAAACGCAGAGCUGGGAGGCCAGGAGGAAGUGACGGAGGAGCAGACGGAGGAGAUGAGAGGAGAAGAAGAAGGAUCCCCGGGGAGUCUGUGCAGAGUUUUGGUUGGUGGUGAAACCGGAGUGAGGAGGUCGCCUAUAAUCCACCUGUGGAAGAACAGAACCUGUGAGGUAAAUCUGUGGCUUGCAGUGAGUUUUGUUGAUCCAUUUAUGCCUUAUUUAAACGACUGUGCUGUCUGAAAACUCCCAGCAUUCCCAGAUGUCGAUUGGGGAGAAAGUCCAUGUUUAGAUGUCUUGAAUCCAAUAUUUAAAUUUCUUUAUGGUUAGAAAUCCAAGCAGAGGGACGUUGGAGUAGGGGAUACAAUCAUUUUUCACUAUAAUGAACAAGAUAAAUGGUUUGAAUUUCCCUCUUCUCUCUCUGAAUCAAUGAAGCCUCUUUUUCAAUUCCUCUGGGAUUUGGGGUCAUAGUUCACUCUGCAAAAACAUAAAACAUGUUUUUGGUCUAGUUUUUAAUGCUAAUACCUGAGGUCACUUCAAAUAUGAAAACUUACAAGUAACCUCAUCAAGAUAAAGGAGCUUGAUUUAAGUCAAUAAUUACUUAA